UUACGAUUUUGGGAAUAAAAUUUAUGUGUGAAAAUGUCUUUUCUAACGGAAUAUUUUGAUGAGUUCCGGCAGCAUCCCAUCAGGAAGACGCAGAUGUGUCGACCUGAAUUGAGGUGGGCAAAAUUCGAAGGCAAAUGGUUGGAUCCGAGAGUUGGUUCGGAAGAUAAAGCAUGGACGGACGAAGAGAUAGAAAAGUUCAUAAAGGACACGAUGAGGAGCCUGCGCGGUCAGUCGACGUAUUUUAACGAUUACUGUGCGCAUUUGUCUCAAGAAUUCAAAACCCGUCCCUUCAAACCGCGUGAAAAGAAGCGUCCAACAUGCAAGGCAGAGAAGCAGGUGUCUGACGAGCCUCCGCCACCAGCCGCGAAGCUGGCCAUCAAAGACACGGAGCUGAUGAAGGUCGCGAAAGAGCUGUAUGAACGGGACAUGAAUAAACCGACUUUGGAGCCGUUGAAAACGCAUUUUAGAAUUCUCGGCUACGUCCGCCCCUGCCUCUACAAGACAGGUCUAUCCGAGUACCAACACGGUAUAGCCCGUCUAGCCUACGAGAUGGUACGCGAUGACCGCAUCCCGCGGUACCACGCUCACAACGGGUGCCGGCCGCGCUGGGGCCUCCCGCCCGAGGGCACCAGGCAGCCGGAGCUCGAUGGGGCCCCGUAUGAUGGGGAACGGUUGUACUGAUGGAGGAAAUGAGAAGAAUUUUGUGCAGUAAUUGGAAUAUACAAUGAUGUGAACAUGAAUUUGACAAAUGAACAAAAAAUCUCACAAAAUAUAUGCUACUACUUCGAGACAUUAUUUGAUUGACAAUAAUGUACAGUAUC